GGAAAUGCUGGUUUUUGAUUGGUCAGGUCGAAGAGAAGCUACUUUUGCUGCGGACAACUUCCGGAUUUAUGGAAAGUGUCAAGGCUGGUAUUCACAAGAGAUGCUUAAGAACAUAUGCCAGCAGUGCCACCUAUUGCAGAGUGUGAGAACUGCCAUACUGAGACACUGUAGCACUGAUGUAGCAUCUCACAAGCUUGCCACAAAGAAAGUUAAGACCAGAGCAGCAGGAAACACAAAUGAAUCAUUUGCAGACCACUGUAAAGUACGAGUUAGAGGUGGUAAUGGAGGAGAUGGUUCAAUGGUGUUCUUAAGGCAAGCCUUUAAGGAAUUCGGAGGUCCUGCUGGCGGCGAUGGCGGGAAUGGUGGUCAUGUGAUCUUCAGGGCAUCCAAUAAAAUCUCUAAUCUCAACCUGGUCCGUGCUGUUUACCAGGCUGAUGAAGGAGGGAGAGGAGAGGGAAAUUGUUGCCAUGGAAAGAGUGCAGAACAUUUAUACAUUGAGGUACCAACAGGAACAAUUUUUAAAGAAUUAGAAACUCAGAAAUUGGUAGCAGAUUUGAGUUCUGAAGGUGACAUGUUCUUGGCUGCAAGGGGCGGAGCUGGAGGGCGUGGCAACCAUUUCUUUUUGUCCAAUGAGAUGAGAGUUCCUAGAAUAUGUGAAGAAGGAGGGAGAGGGGAGGAGGAACAAUAUUUGGUGGAGCUUAGAGUGAUGGCUAAUGCUGGACUGAUAGGUUUUCCCAAUGCAGGCAAGUCCACCCUACUGAGGGCUCUAUCAAGAGCGCGACCCAAAGUUGCCUCUUACGCAUUCACCACGAGGAAGCCUCACAUUGGCAUGGUGCAAUACGACGAUUACGCACAAGUGUCUGUUGCUGACAUCCCAGGCCUAGUGACAGAUGCCCACAAAAACAGAGGACUUGGUUUUUCCUUUCUGCGCCACAUUCAGCGAUGCUCCUGCUUGCUGUAUGUCCUUGACCUUUCCCAAGAGGAGCCGUGGCAGCAGCUGAAGGACUUGAAAUAUGAACUUGAACAGUUUGAGACUGGGCUGUCAGAAAGACCGCAUGCCAUCAUAGGAAAUAAAAUAGAUCUCCCUAAGGCCAGGAAAAAUUUAGAUUUGUUAAGAGAGAAGGUGCAGUUGCCAGUUUAUCCAGUUUCUGCCAAGUUUUUAUUAAAUAUUGAAGAACUUAAAUGCCAUAUCAGAAAGAUAUAUGAUGAACACAUAGACAAAAGUUAGAACUUGAUGACAUUUUAGAAGUAGCUCUUUGUUGAAAAAGAAAAACAUAUAUUUUAGAGGAGUCGACAUUUUUAUUGGAGUUUUAUAGACACGUGAACAGUGAGGGUGAGGAGACAUUAUGUAUUUAGGCCACAUAAUAUUCUGAACAGGCUUUGCCAGAGUUCAUAAAAAAUCUUAACUACAUUUUACAUUAGUGCCCCCCCGAGUUUCAGAGUUAACUGGAGGUUACCCUCUUCUAUCAGUUAAUCCUGCUGAUACUUACUGGUAACCUCAGAAAUUUGGAGAAUGGUGUCACUGAAAGCAAAUGACCAUAUUUUUGGAGUUUGGAAAUUUUAUUUCAGUAGAACCAGAGACAAAAUAAAGAGGAUCAUGAUAAAGUGAUCUGUUAAAUAUGUUUAUUGUUUCCAGAAAAUACAAGUGUGCAAGAUUAA